UCAAAAUCACGCGAGGAGCAGCUGCUGUCACUUUCCGAUGUGGUUGUGUAACGAAACGACAUGUACCUGCGCCGUAUUUAAAAACACUUUUGCACCAAAUAAUGCAAUCAUCAUCGUGAAAAUCCAAGUGAAAAGUUAAAUAUUGCACCGCGGAAAUGGCCAAAUACAUCGCUCAAAUAAUCGUGCUGGGAACGCAGAUCGUCGGCCGAGCAUUUGCCCGCGCCUUGAAGCAGGAAAUUGCCGCAUCUCAGGAGGCGGCUAAACGAGCUGGCGGUGGCCAGCAGGGACAGAACCGGGUAGCGGCCAACCUCAAAGCCGGAAUGACACUGGAGGAGGCCCAGCAGAUUUUAAACGUGACCAAACUCGAUCCACAAGAGAUUCAGAAAAGCUACGAACAUCUGUUCAUGGUGAAUGACAAAGCAAAGGGAGGUUCGUUCUAUUUGCAAUCGAAGGUGUUUCGUGCUAAGGAACGGAUAGAUCAGGAAUUUAAGCAAAACAAACCGCCGGAAAAGCCCCUAGACGAUGCAGGCCCCGCGGAAGGUCAUCCCGAACGGAAGUAAACGAUUUAAUGUUCUUGUCGUAAGCUUAUAUUUAGAGUCAGUUUAAAAUAAAUCGUUUCCAG